UCUUGUUUCACAUUUUUCAAUUGUCGUUUAUGGAAAUAUAAAUUCUACUUCUAGGUAGGUGCUAUGGUUAUCUGGUAGAUAAUUCUGAAUUUUUCAGUGGGUGUUUUGCUUUACUUCUAGUUUAAGUUUCUUUGUCAUGUUAAUUUCUAUAUUUACACCUAAUGUUACGGACGAGGAUUUGUGGCACCGAGGUGCUCCACCCACUGAUAUCCACACCUCACGUUACUAUAGCUGGAUCAGGGCAUUAAAUGCCUAAAUCAUUUCCAAAUCAGAGAUACGCCCCGGAUAUAUCUGCCGAAUACCAUCCCACUAGGUCCAUCUUUAAAUGAUUCAUGUACGUUUGAGCACCUGCAGUUAAGUCUGCUUGUGGGGGUACUGGAACCAAGGUCUGUUGUGAAUCGUGGAGAACCAGGUUACGAUUAUUAAUUCAAUGCAGUAAAUGGAGUAGACCUGGGUUUGAAACACUCAGCGUUAGGCAUUAGUGAGUGACAUAGCAGUUCAGUCAGUAACUUUCAGGUAACAUAUUGUCUAUUUAUUGCUGACAGUCGCUAGAAAUCCUCCCUAAAAGCACACAACGCAUAAGGGGAAUAUCUGUUGGGACACCUGUAAUUUUAAAAGCUGAAGUGUGGAAAACCUAAAAAGCUUGACCUGUCAUGCACACUCACAUAAGACCUAUUGCCUCUAAGAAUGGUUCUAAGCAAAAGGAAAAUUUUUGCAAAACAGCAAAUAAAAUCAUCAUAUUUAGUUACUAACUACCAAAAAGACUCUGUCAACAUGAACACAGAUAAAAUGAUUGAACAUAUUCUACAACACAGAAAACUAUGAAAGCUUGUAUACUCAUAUAUAUAGUACUAAAAAAGGCAGAAUGAUGAGCUAAAAUGACAGUAAAUAUGAAUAAAUCAGAAUGUAUAUUCAUAUAAAUGGAGGAAAAAAAUUCCUAUGAGAAAACUUACGCAGAGAUUCUUAGAAGAAUUGGCAUUGUCAUUUGAUGAGUAAAAUUGUUAGGAAUCACAAAAGCAAAAAGUAUUAGUAAGUUAUGAAAACACAAACAAAAAUCAAAAGUACUAAAAAACAAGUUUAACUUAGAAAUAUGAAAAUUCUGCAUAUUCCAAAUUACCAAGAUCUAUAUACACAUAUGAAAAUUCUGCAUAUUCCAAAUUUGCACAAUGGAUAGCAGGGAAAGUAAAUCCACUUGCUGGUGACAUAGUUCUCGACAAUAAAGUCAUUCCAAUGAGCCCUGAAUCAUUUCAUCUACUGCUUGGUCUUCCAUUAGGUGGCACCUCAGUUUUAUUUCACAAUGAGGUGACAAAAGCAGCUUUCCUCAAUAUUAUUGGUGAACCUACACUGCCUUCUAUCAAGUGGGUUGGGUUGAGAACGCUCAAGCCUGAUAUAUCUCACAUUGAUUUUCUGAGAUGUUUUCUUCUAGUUGCCUUUGCAACUGUUCUGUGCCCCAACUCAAAUAUCUACCCCAACAAAAAAUACCUAGGAAUUCUUAUUGAUCCAACUCAAGUUACGAACUAUGAUUUAUCAAAGUUUGUUUUUGAUUGGCUUAUGUCAUACAUAAGGAAAUAUCAAAAAGAGCCAAAGAACCCUACAAAAGAGGACGAAUUAACUACACUGGGUGGCUGCAUUUAUGGGCUUUGUUGCUAUUACUUAGAUUUUCUGGAUUUUGGGUUAAGCCGAGUGCCUCCUUGAAUUCCAAGAGUAAAAGCCUGGAAAAAUUCGCUAGUGAAAGAGUUUGCGAAUUUGGAUUGCAAAGGUCCAAGGGAAUAUGGCUUACGUCCUGUGAAGUUGAUAUCUCAAACAGUCUAUUCCAUGGGUUGCAUUGGUUGUUGUCAUUUACAUCAAGAUUCUACACAUGAAUCUGUGAAGUUUAGAUCUACACUUGAUAAAACUGUUGGUGGUUUACUACCUUCCUUGGUACAAGUUCAGGGAGCAAAAGGAAAGCUGUUUCUCCAGUUAAUGGACAAGAUACGUUCUGUGUUAAUCCAAGACCUCAUAAGAUGCAAAGGCCUGAUCGUGUAGAUAAAUUUCUAAUUGAGGAAGGAAGGAAGCUUGAUUUUAGUCAAGUUGAGAAGCAACUCAAGUCUAUUUCUGAACUAAUGAAAAAGCUUAUUCCACCAAAGUCCACCCCGAUCAGCGAAUCUAUUGACAAGGGAAAAAGCAUCAGUUUCAAGCAUCUUGUGAAUACAGAUCCUCCAGUUCGAACUAAUUCAAAAGCGACCACGCUGAACAAGGUCAUGAGUGUUAAGAAUAAAUCUUUUUUCCCUGAGAAUCUAAAGUUGAAAUCUCCAAUGAAUGGUGAAUGUUUUGACAACUCAUCUCAAAAAUCAUGUAACGAUCAAAUCAUGGCAUCAAGUCAAGGACAUUUUCAAAUGCAUCAUGAGGGUUCCCAAUAUCAAACUCCUAUUCACAUACAAACAAUCCCUUUUACUCCUGUGUCCACUCCUGUGACAAAUAGUUCAUUCACUCAGAAGUCUGAUGGCACGCCAAGGCAAUGGGCACGCCAAAAUUCUGCAAAUUGCGCCUCUACCCGCUUCUUUGGAUGCGAGGCUAUAUGGCUUCGUGGAAGGUGCAUGCAUGCCAACCAGCCAACCAACCGAAGGCACACGCCAAAUCUGACGCAAGAUGGCACUAAUGGAAACAACGCUCUUAUAUUAUGGGACAAAGGGAGUAUGACAUUAAUUGAGUUUUACGUACUGAUAUGCCAACGUACGUACCGGUUCAUUCGAUCGGCCAUGCAUAUAGAUCACGCACUCACUAUAUCACACAUGCCUGUCUCGCAAACAUGACGCUUGGGGCAUGUACAGUGAUUGAUAAGGCAUGUUAGCAAAAUCACAUAAGCAACAAGAUCGAUUAGCGCAAAAUUGAUUCAACCAAGCGAAAGCCCUUUACAUGUGCAGUAUUGUACAUAUAUCCGUACCUUGAGCCAUGUUGACACCCGCCAUAGCCUGUUUUCUCGCCUGUCUUCCUUCUUUACCUUUAGCGCUCGCUUGAUGGUUAGAGAACAAGGGAGACUCUUAUGUGUGUUCUCUCAUUUCUAUCACUUUUCCAUACCAUUAGAUGUAGCAUGCUUUGUCGAUUUGUACAUGAAUAAGCACUAAGCAUUGUUCCAACAUA